ACAAGUUGUAAGUGAACAAUGAGAGAGCAGCGUGAGAGGGUUUUGUGUUUUCAAAGCCUAUCACUCGUCUUUGAGGAAAUUAGUAGUUUGAGUUAAAGUUCAAUAGAUAUUGAACACUAACAAAGUGGCGUCUUCUGCUGCUUUGCUGUCUGCUUAUCAGCCCCGUUUCAGCUCUGCCUUCUGUUGGCGUGUUACAUAAAUAAGUUAUAAAUUUAAUAAAUAAGUAGAAGUCUGAUUUAUGUAUGUAUUUCCGCAGGCGUCGGCGCAUUAAAACCAUUGUGUUUAAGGUCAGGAGCAUUGAAUGAAUCAGAUCCUUCAUUUUUUCCCCUGCCUUUCAUGUUUUCUACGAAACUUGCAUUAACCUGCAUACCUUUGACACCCUGUAAUGUUUCUCUUCCUUUCAUCGGAUCACCUUUCCCCCCCAGCGCCGCCCUCAUGCCUUCACCUUUACCAGGUUUCCUCACUUUCUUUGACCCUUUCUCUAUAUCAGGGCCAAAGGUCACAUCUUACAGCUCCUGUGGAAUCAAUCAUAGGUCAGACCUUUCAGUCUGCCUCCAAGGCAGCUACUGAGGGAGCCUGUGUUUUUAUGUGGUAAUGGGUAGCUGACUGGAUACAGGCCAACGCAUGCUGAGGACACACUUUCAUUUCUUUGGUUUAUCCCCACUGACACAAUGAAUUAAUUCGCACAGUCCGUCAGGCUCGUCGUCAUCGCUGUGAACGUAUUCACCGCAGCGACGUGAGAUCUUUCAGUAUUAAUAAACAGAUCUGUACUGAGGCUGCUGUGGCUGAUGUUAGGGUUCACAGGGGAGAGUGACACAUUUAGACAGGUUGACAGGAAAACGAUGCAGCACAGAGCGACUCGACGAGUUUGUACCUGGGAAUGUUCAGAGCUGUACAGUGCCUUGAAAAAAAAAAUGGCUGCAUCUUUUAUUCAUGUUCUGUUGUCGAGGUGUCAAGAGUUUUGUCAAGCCUCUCACUGUUCCGUUAACCUUGUCCCUGUGAAACAUUCUGUCUCUAUCUCUUUGGUUAAACAUUACUGCCAGGCCACGGGGAGAACGGAGAGAGAGGGGAAGGGAUGGAAAAGGGGAGGCGAGCAUGGUGAGGAAGAGCUUCUGCUGCUUCCCUUCAUCCUUUCAUCAUUAAACAAACAUGGCCUCUUACCAAAAGGAGUGCAAGAAGAAAGCAGAGCCAUCAAGACAGUAAGAGGAGGAGGAGGAAGAGGGGAGACUGAGGAUGAAAGUGAUGAAGAGGAGAGAUGGAAAUGGAGGAGAGGGGUUUUGGAGGAGACGGAGUACCUGUGUGCAGAGCAGAAAGGUUAGCUCUGUAUGUGUACGAGUACCUGCUGCAUGUAGGAGCACAGAAGUCAGCACAGACCUUCCUCUCAGAGAUCCGAUGGGAGAAGAACAUCACAUUAGGAGAACCUCCGGGGUUCCUCCAUUCAUGGUGGUGUGUUUUCUGGGACCUGUACUGUGCGGCUCCAGAGAGAAGAGACACAUGUGAACACUCGAGUGAAGCCAAGGCCUUCCAUGACUAUAGUGCUGCAGCAGCUCCCAGCCCCGUCCUUGGGAACCUUCCCCCAGGAGAGGGCAUGCCAGUGGGGCCAGUCCCUCCGGGAUUCUUUCAGCCGUUCAUGUCACCUCGAUACCCCGGAGGACCCAGACCACCUCUUAGAUUACCGAAUCAGGGACUUGGAGGAGUCCCAGGUAGUCAGCCUAUGUUGCCCAGUGGAAUGGACCCCACAAGACAGCAAGGACAUCCAAAUAUGGGAGGACCGAUGCAGCGGAUGACUCCACCCAGAGGCAUGGUACCGCUCGGGCCCCAGGGCUAUGGAGGUGGGAUGAGACCUCCACUGAAUGCCCUGGUUGGUCCUGGGAUGCCCGGCAUGAACAUGGGACCUGGUGGGGGUAGACCCUGGCCAAAUCCUCCAAACUCCAAUUCGACCCCAUACUCUUCUGCAUCUCCAGGAAGUUACGUGGGACCUCCAGGAGGAGGGGGGCCACCCGGCACUCCAAUAAUGCCGAGUCCAGCAGAUUCAACCAACUCUGGUGACAACAUGUACACUAUGAUAAACACAGUCCCUCCAGGGGGAAGCCGACCAAAUUUCCCUAUGGGUGCAGGUGGCGACGGUCCAUUAGGUGGCAUGGCUGGCAUGGAGCCCCAUCACAUGAAUGGAUCAUUAGGGUCAGGUGAUAUGGACAGUCUCCCCAAGAACUCUCCUGGUAACCUAAGUAUGAGUAACCAGCCUGGGACCCCCAGGGAGGAUGGAGAGAUGGGAGGAAACUUCCUUAACCCUUUUCAGAAAGAAAGUUAUUCUCCGAACAUGACAAUGAGCGUGUGAAGGCUCUGGACGCAGGUUUGGUUCAGUCGCCCAGUAACCUGGUGUGGAUCGGUGAAAAGCAGAGAGACAGGAUGUGAUGUCAUCUAGGCCAGUGACUUCACCACCUCCACCACCACCUGCCUAGUCAGGACAGUUGCCCCAGGCUCCGUCCUCCCCUCCCCACCCCACCCACCCCACUCCUCCGUUGUUCCUGUCCACGUCUCUCUCUCCUGUUUCUUCUCCCGUUCUAAGUGGUGACUCUGCUACAUUCAUCAGUUCUUCCUCUGCAACUAUGAGACUGUACAAAGGAACCAAAUUGAAACAACCUGGAGGAGAACUCUUUGUAUAUUUGCAUACGGUGUGUAUGAGACUGUGCACACACUCCAGUCACAGACAGACGUGUCUGCCUUUGGCAUCAUAUUACAGAGUUCAUGCCCAAAAACAAACGGCCAGUAUCCUAUUUAUGCUAAAGUUUAAAUUUCCAAGGGUUUGAAAAAUAACAGAUACUUUUUGAUUGUCAAAUUUAAUCUAAGUGGGUCUCACAAGGAACUUUUUUUUUCUUUUCUUUACAAAUUAAUUUGUCCAUAACUGAAAGAGAAUUGGAGAGACAUCACAAUAUUACCAAUAAGUUUAUCUGAGGCUUGUGCAGGUGUUUGUCUUUUCAACUUUUGUGGUUGUCUGAAUCUUUAAGACCACUAACAUUGUGUUUCAUGUUUUAUACUAUGGGCCGUUUCUUUUUUCUGCGCUCCCCAAACUCAAGCCACAAAUGUGGGAAAUGUGAAAUCUCUUUAAAGUUAGCUCUUUAACCACGAUUUGCAGAAAGGCUUCAACUGAAAUAUUUGUCCGCAUCUAUCGAAUGGUUUUUGAGAAAAAUAAAGUGCUUUGUUCGAGGCCUAAGGCGAGACGAUGCAACUUCAGUUAACAGCGCUACCAGUCAUACCUGACCAAGCAAGGCUGUAGAAACAAAAUCCCUGAGUGUACUGAAUUGAGCAAUGCCUAUUAAUUUAACUUUCUAUUCAUAAGAGGAAGAAUGUGUUACUUCUUUUUCAAGUUGACAUAGUCUCUCUUUAAAUCAGAUCAGUCACUACACUGACACUGAGGAAUACGGUUAGCACAAAGGUCGAUACCCAGUAGUACAGACUGAAAAUGUUUUCUAUAAUUAAGCAUGGCGUCGUUCUGUAUUCAGUGAUAAACCUUUGUUGCGUUCACACUGUUAGACUUCCCAGUGUGAGUGGCUUACAUUUGGAGGGUUUUACAUUCUGUUGACUGCACAGGCACAGGGCAAAGUUUAGGAUAGCUGAGUUUUUUUUGGGACUGUGUUAUCUUACAAGAGGGGAUACUGAAUUUGUGCAUGCAGUCAUACGAUUUUUUUUUUUUUAUUAUUGAUUUUUUUUUUUUUUUGAGGCCUCUCUCGUCUCUAGUUAUUUAAACUUUUAUCCAAAUGAUUUAUCAGUUUAUGUCCUGCAGCAACAGUUGCAAAAUGGAUACAAUGGCCCACAUUCUCUGGACGUAAAACGUUAAAAAGACAGAGACAAAUCAAAGACACAUGACCAGUAUUGAGCGUAAACUGUAAGACACAAGCUUAUAAAGUCACUUUGGUCACUCAUACUUUAUUGCCAUCCGGAUAAACUGUGAUCUCAGUGUGAUGUGAAAGGUUUGUUGGUACAGAAAGCUAAAAACAAGCUUGUUUUUAAAUCAAUGUUUUAGACUUUUUUCACUGCCCAAAAUGUAUUAUCAUUGUGUACAAACGGACGAUAAUGCCUGUGAACAUUUUCCUCUCCCCUCUCUUACUGCAAAGUGUACAGCUCACAAAUGUAGCUCCUCUGUCUCGUAUGUGUAUUUGAUAUUAUUAUUAUUUAAAGAAAAAAACUGGAGAGAAUUCAUGCAAAAGGGAGGGAUGGACUGAUGACGCACCAUCACAACUGAACAGAGAUAUUUUAUUUUGAUUUUUUUUUUUUUUUUUUGUGUGUGUGUUAGAUUGAAGCCAUAAGUGGGAGUACAAGAAGAUGCAUUUGUAAAUUGGGUCAUGUUUUUCUGUUUUGUGGCAGUAUGUGGGACUCCAUUUGUGACGUGUUCAUUUUCUCUUUUUUAUUCUUGUAUUAUGUUUUUGUAAAUACACAGAGAAGUAUUUCAUGGGUUUUGAAUAUGCUAGUAUAAAGCUUCUCUUCCCUUA